AUGGAGUCCUCCAAGGAUGCCCAGCACGGUGAUGCUCUAGAAUCUAAAGGUUGCCUGGCCAGCAGGACGUCCUCUCAUCAAAACAGAAAGGCCAGCCUCUCUUCUGAUGGAACCGGUCUGAGGGUCACUGAUGCCCCAGGCCUCCCGUGGGUGAUGACGCCCUCGGACACUGCUUCGGGGCUGGGUCAGAAGACCUCCUCCACUCCAUCCUCCUCCUCUUCAUCCUCCUCCUCCUCCUCUUCCUCCUCCUCCUCCUCCUCCUCCUCUGCCCAGGCUAAUCGGUCCUUGAAAGUCUCGCUGCCUGAAAUCCAGAAGGAAAAAUAUCCCGAGGAAUUCAGCCUGCUCAAGUCACAGACAACAGAUGGGCAGCGUCCUGAGUGGACAUUUUAUCCAAGGUUCAGCAGCAACCUCCACACCUACCAUGUUGGAAAGCAGUGUUUCUUCAAUGGGGUCUUCCGGGGCAACAGGAAGUCUGUGGCAGAGAGAACAGUGGACAAGAGCCUCGGGAAGAAGAAAUACGAUAUUGAUCCCAGAAAUGGAAUCCCCAAAUUGACACCAGGAGAUAAUCCAUACAUGUUCCCAGAACAGAGUAAAGAGUUCUUCAAAGCUGGGGCAACUCUGCCGCCAGUGAACUUCUCACUGGGACCUUAUGAGAAAAAAUUCGACACCUUUAUCCCACUUGAGCCACUUCCACAAAUUCCCAAUCUGCCUUUCUGGGAGAAGGAAAAAGCCAACAAUUUGAAGAACGAGAUAAAAGAAGUUGAGGAUCUUGACAACUGGCAGGCGCCGAUGCCCUUCCUCCACGGUUUUUUCUCCACUGGGACUGGGGAGAUGGCUCCACGGUUAAAGGUGCUUGCUGCUCUUCCAGAAGGAACAAGUUCAGUUCUCAGCACCCAAGGGAAGCUCACAACCCCCUGUAGCUCCAGCAUCAUGGGGUCUCAAACCCUUUUCCUGCCUCAUCGGACAUCCUCACACGUGUUGCGUACACAUGCACGCACGUUACAUAUAAAUAAAAAACCUUAAAAAC